AUGUCGAACCCCACGCUCAUCAAUCUCCCACCACCCCAGGACCCCAUCACCCCCUCUGAUAUCCCUUCUCGAUCCGGCACCCCCAACAGUACAGCAACCUCCAUGUCCGAGCUCAGCACGGUAGCAAUCAAGGACGGCCACCGGGGUCACAACCCCCACCAUCACAACAACCCCUCCUCGCACUCGGACGCCGAGCGCGCGGAUCGCAUUUCUCGCCUGGCGGGCCUGGAACGCGUCACGACGGCGAGGAACAACCCGACGCAAUCCCCCUUCAACCCCAAUCAUCCCAAUCACCAACAAUACCAACAGCAGCAAAUGCAACAGCCACAAACCACACCCGUACAAUCCUACUUUGACUCGACCGGCAACCCCGCCAUCCACCGCGAACGCUCGACUGUAGGUUCCGCUUCUGCGACAGGAUCUGUAGGAGGUCGAACAGAUCUCACCARCGACGACCUGGACAAAAUGUCGGAACAAUCCACUCAAGGAGGAGAUUUCAAUUUCGAAGACGACGCUUCCAUGGGAGGCAUGAGUGAAGAAGGAACACCGAGUCUCGUGGCGUUUGGGGAGGGAGCGAGGACUCCGGCGAGGUUGAGUACGUAUGGAGGGGGAACUCCCGUGAGGACGCCGAGGGCGGAGUUGGGAAGGGGGGAUAGGAAGGAGGGCAUGGAGAUUACGAGUCAGGAUCGCAUGACGUCUCAUAUUGUGGAGGGUGCUCCGGCUAGUAGGGGCGGAGAGAAGUAG